GAGCCGCAAACAGAACCGUUCGAUUUAUCAAUGUUAAGAAUGGCCGAGAGACGGGUGGACCAUUAUAUCUAUCAGCGCCAGAAGUGAGUGGGCAACAAUUAGAACUCUGUGAAAAUGGUCAAAAUGGCGCAAGCUCCUUGAACCCACCAAUUCAAGAAGUUAAUAGAAAGCAAACAAGUGUAGGAAUAAAUCCCAAGAAAAUCUGGCUUAAGAACUAUCAACAUGAAAUAUCCAACAUCCAAACAAUCAAACGGAAACAUCCAGAGCAUGCGAUUCACAUAGAUGAGAAACGGUUCAAAUCCGAAAUAUCCAAGGAAGAUUUCGUUGCGCCAUCCGAGUUCAUAUAUGAAGAUUCAUACCGGUAA